UGAUUGACAGCCAAUCUGACCAAUCACAGGAUUUGAAAUGUUCAGACUACCGCAUUGGGCGGGGCUUUGUGUCACAAGAAUGGGAAGCGAUCGGCGGGCAAACGUUUCAUUACACGUUUUGUGAUUUUAUAUCCCUUUGCCUUUUCUCGCAAUUUUAAUUUCCACGCCACGGGUGGCGACAAGGGGCUGCCCAAACAAGAGAUACGACUGCAAUAAGGAAGAGUGAUGGCUGCACGAGGGAUUGUCCAACGAGAGUAAAUGAGAGGUGUGCUCCUACACUGGCUCUCUGGAUGACAAGGGUCGCGGGCAUUCAUCAGACACGGCCCUGAAGUUUCAGUUCUCACCACUUCAUCACCGCGUAGUCAGUCACACCUCUCUCUCGCCCUCAUGGCCGAACCCCAGGACGAGGCGGAGGGCGUGUACGUGGAGCACCAGUACAUGUGCAGCGAGUGCCACGAGCUGUUCAACACCCUCGAGGAUGUGCUGAUCCACCAGCAGAUCCACACGGGCCAAGAGGGGGAAGGGGAUGCGGGCGAGGCCUCGGCCGUCCACGGCGACCCAGAGAUGGGGCAGAGCCAGCAGUACCAGUGUCUGGAGUGUGGCAGCCUCCUCAUGAACCCGGAGGAGCUGCUGCUGCACCAGGAGAUGCACAUGAGAGAGGCCGGGAUGGAGGUGGAGCAACAAGAGCUGUGUGAGGUUCUGGAGACGGAGGAGGCCAGAUCAGAUGCACACAUGUCGGGACCGGUUCAGUACCAGUGUCUCGACUGCCUGGCUCUGUUCACCUCACCUGAGACGUGGCUGGAGCACCGGAGGACCCACAGCAGGAGCAGCACCCACAGUAACACAGAAACCACAGAGUAUGUGCUGCAGCCGGACGGCACCAUCACGCCGCUGAACAGUGUGCAGAACUACGUACUGAGUGAACAGCAGGCGGGGGAGAUCUUGGCACAGGUACUCGCCCAGCAGCAGCAGCAGCAGCAGCAGCAGCAACAACAACAACAACAGAAGAAACAUCAGUUUGUCUCUAAACCUGCGGCACCCUCCCGCUCCUCCCUGCUGCCUCCUGUCAUUCCCACCCCGGGCUCGGCCACCAUGCACCUGCAGAUCCUCACGGCCCAAGCUCUGGCCGACGGCUCCACCGCUCCCAGCCAGCGUCGCUCCAAGCUGCCUCCUCUGUUGCCCGCUAUGGGGAGAAGCUCUUCAGCGAAGCUGGGGGUCGUGGAAAAUGGCGUCCAGAGGCUGGAGUUGAGGCUGGGCCCCGGCGUCCAGGAGGACAGCCAGCACCAGCAGCCGACGGAGGUGGUGGUCAUCCACCCGUACGAAUGCUCCGAAUGCUCCCUUCUCUUCCAGACCCCGGAGGACUUCCUCCAGCACCAGGGGGAGCACUUCCUGGGCCAGGACAAGGAGAGCGGCGAGCUGGGGGUGAUGAGCGGCUUCGAGGAGAUGCGGGGGAGGGAGGAGACUGCGGAGAAGGUGGAGGACCUGAGGAUUAUAGUGACGGAGAAGAAAGCGGCGGUCUGGGGCAAGAACCAACAGUGUGAGCUCUGCCACCGCUCCUUCACCUCCGUCAACCGGCUGGCUGCUCACAGGCGCGUUCACGAGCAGGGCACGCACGAGUGUCCCGAGUGCGGCAAGGUGUUCAAGAAAGCGACCUCGCUGCAGACGCACAUGCGGACACACUCCGGCGUGGCCCGGUAUCUGUGCGUGGACUGUGGCAACGGCUUCACCACGGAGAUGACGCUCAUCAUGCACAGGAAGUCCCACACUGAAGAUCCCCUGCACAAGUGUCAGUUCUGCAAUAAAACCUUCACCAACAUGACCAAGUACCUCUACCACCGCCGGACCCAUCUCAACCGUAGUACAUCCAACGCGCCUAUGUCUGUCUCCAUGGUCUCCCCUCCAAGGAGAGCAUCCGUCUCUGCCCUCGCCAUCCUUCAGAGAGCGAGAGACAAGAAGCAUUCCCUCGUGGACGAGGCGAACAUGAACCUGAUGGCCCCUCUCACCGAGGAAGAGAUGGAGGCAUUGGGGGAUUCGCAAGAGAGUACCCGGAAAAAAGCGGAUGGAGGUGAAGAGGAGCAGGAGAGAGAGGAGAGCAGCAUGGAGGUGACGGAGCCACCUGAAGUCAGCGCCGAUGACGCGCAGAAGGUCGGAGAUGCCGCCGCCUCGGCUCCAGACUCCGCCCUCGCCGGUGCCGCGUCCGACCCCGCCGACUCAGCACCAGCCGCUCCAGCUGGGUCGUCAGACAAAGGGCCUUUUUCCUGCCGUUCAUGCCCCAAAACGUUCCCCUCCCAGCUGCUGCUCGUGCACCACCGGCGCAAGUCCCACGUGACCGAGCGCAAGUUCAUUUGCGGCAUCUGCGGAAAGGCCUUUAAGAAGCAGAUCCACGUGCGAAACCACAUACGCAUACACACCGGCGAGAGGCCCUUCCAGUGUUCCGACUGCGGCAAAACCUUCUCGUGUCUAGCCAACCUGAUGAGGCACAACCUCAUCCACUCUGGCGUGCGGCCGUUCCGCUGCGACGUCUGCCACCGCUCCUUCUCCCAGUCCUCCAACCUCCGCCAGCACACCCUGCUGCACUCCAGCGCCGCCAUGCUGAGCUGCCCCGACUGCCCCGCCAUUUUCCGCUGGCCCACCAAGCUGGCGGCGCAUCGCUACACCCAGCACUCGGGAGCCCCGGCGCCCUUCCCUUGCUCUCACUGCGACGCGGGCUUCGUGACCAGGAGGCAACGAGACGGCCACUGCCUGGAGCAGCACCCGGCGCAGGUGCAGGCCGUCGCGGGGGCGGACGCGAGCAAGGAGGCCAACAGCCGAGCGGAGCCGGGCAAAGAUCCGACCUCGGCGGCCUCCACGUCGGCGUCGGAAACGGGGGGGGACUCGGCCGGUUCGACGAGGGGCGGCCUGGAUUGCAACAUUUGCGGGAGGAAACUCAACUCUCCCGCCAACCUGCGCCUUCACAGACUGAGCCACUUCGCCAUGGGUCCCGGGCGGCCCCGGUGCACCCCAGGGAAGCGGCCCAAGGCGCACCAGUGCCCCAUCUGCGGGAAGCUGUUCGUGUCCUCCUCCGGCGUCGCGCUUCACCAGCGGGUGCACACGGGCGAGCGCCCGUUCCCCUGCCAGGUGUGCGGGAAGCGCUUCCGGCAGAACACGCACCUGCGGGAGCACCUCCGCACGCACUCGGGCGAGCGGCCGUUCCGCUGCGAGGUGUGCGGGAAGGGCUUCAUUCAGAGCAUGCACCUGGCGGAGCACCGGCGGACGCACACGGGCGAGCGGCCGCACGCGUGCCCCCAGUGCGGCAAGGCCUUCAAGACCUUCUCCAACCUGAGGAACCACAAGAAGACCCACGCCAGGCAGCAGAGGCUGGACCAGGAGGCCGCCGCCCUGGAGACCGGCCCUGCUGUGGCAGUGGUGGACGCGUCUGGGGUGGAACUAGCCAAUGGGCAGCCUCAGCUCAUCCAGAUACAAACUUCAGAUCUGCAGCAGGCGCAGGGCACCCCGACCAUCAUGUGUAAUGAGUUUGGGGAGACCAUCGCCAUCAUUGAGACCAGUGAGGGAGGAGCGCUGCCUCUGGAGCAGGCCCUGGAGAUCUACCACACGGCUUUGGAGAACGGCCUCGCUAUGGACACGGUCGCCGUAGACGGACUUCAACUCCUCUGAGGAAGAGUCGACCAGAAAUAGUUUCAAUCUCGGCUGAAAUGAAGACUAACGUUCAGUUGGCUGAGUGACGAUCUCAGAUUAUUGUGUAGUGGACAAAUAAAUGUCGGCGAACAGACCAAAGUAUGUCAACAUCCCACAUUUAUAAAGCUGUAGGAGAAGUUGGUAUUAAAAUCUACUGAUGUGACACAAACUAAACUAGUGACGUGGUUUUCAUUAUAAGUAAGGACCAUCAGUCGUGCCUCAGAUGCUGAUUUGUAUAAAAUUUUGAAAUGGCUGUGAUUUUUCUUGUUUAAAAUGAUGUUCAGGUUGUUGUAAAUAGGUAAAAUCAAUAAAUGUUUUUUUCAAGA